GCUUGAGGACAGAGUGGGAAAAGGAGCAAGCAGAGUUAGAAGCUGGACAAAAGAACUUAUAGACCCCCUUAUAUACAUAUUUUCCUAAUGUUUUAGGGGAAGCCGGGGUGGUGAGAAAAAAAAAAAACAAUUGCGGUGACCGCGGAUGGACUUGUCUGUGUAGUUAUGGAGCCCCCUUUAAGCAAGAGGAACCCGGCGAUAAGAUUAGCGGAUUUGGCAGCGACUCAACCCCUUCCUCAUCAGAAUAUGACAGGCUUCCCGGGGCUAGGGGGGCAUCACCCUCUCUCCCACCAUGCCCACCUCCACCCUGGGGAGCUGGGCAACGACCCCGGAGUGGCACUCACUCCAUUUGGACCAGAGCACAUGGCACAGACAAAUGCUCUCAAACUUAGCCCGUCUCAGCACAUUCAGAGCCAUCCCGAAGCCCAGACCGCGGCGUCUUUCACUUCUGCUCAGACCACAGUUGGUUUCCCCGUGGCUCACCCCCACUCAGGCUACUCAAGCAGCAGGGACUUCAUCCUCAGGAGAGAACUCUCAGCCUCUGCUAUGCACGCACUUGGCGACCAGCAUAGUUCCGCCUCCUCCCCUCAUCACCAUGGCAUGUUCAUUUCCCCAACAGGUGCUUACGGGCACGCGGAGAGCGGGGCCCAUUCACUGUUCACUGGACUCCACGACCAGGCGUCCCCGGGCGCCCACCACCAUGCCCUCAACGGGCAGAUGCGCCUGGGUCUGCCGGGGGACGUCUACGGCCGGCCGGAGCACUUCGGCCACAGGCCGGAGCACUACGGAGCGUCCACCCUCCACAGCUACAACUCCAUGAACCUCAACGUGAACAUCGCUUCAGCUCCUCACGGAGCCUCGGGGGCGUUUUUGAGAUACAUGCGGCAGCCCAUCAAGCAGGAGCUCAUCUGCAAGUGGAUCGACCAGGAGCAGAGUCAGAAGAAGCCGUGCUCGAAAACCUACAGCACCAUGCACGAGCUGGUCAACCACGUCACCGUGGAGCACGUCGGGGGACCGGAGCAGAGCACCCACGUCUGUUUUUGGGAGGAAUGCCCGCGGGAGGGGAAAGCCUUCAAAGCGAAGUACAAACUGAUCAAUCACAUCCGAGUUCACACAGGAGAGAAGCCAUUCCCGUGUCCUUUCCCCGGUUGCGGAAAAGUGUUCGCUCGAUCGGAAAAUCUAAAGAUUCACAAGAGGACGCACACAGGAGAGAAACCUUUCAAGUGCGAGUUUGACGGCUGCGACCGCAAAUUCGCCAACAGCAGCGACCGGAAGAAGCACUCCCACGUGCACACCAGCGACAAGCCUUAUUACUGCAAGGUGCGCGGCUGCGACAAGUCCUACACGCACCCCAGCUCGCUGCGGAAGCACAUGAAGGUGCACUGCAAGUCCCCGCCGCCCCCUUCCACCACCACCACCACCGUCCCCUACAUCUCCUCCACGAACCCGCUGGGGGACCCCCUCUCGCCGGAGGGUCAGCACCGGGGCCGCGCGGCCACCCUCUCCCCUCAGGUGACCAACCUCAACGAGUGGUACGUGUGCCAGGGCAGCGGAGGCCCCAACCACCUGCACACCCCCUCCAGCGACGUGCCCACGUCGGAUUCGGACGACGAGGACGCUUUCAGAAACUCAGACCCGAGGACGAUGCUCUGACGGCCCGUUUACAACCCCCCCCCUCCACACACACCUGACUCUUCACCCCACGGUUGGCUCCUUUUUACGCGUUACGCGCACCGUCCUGGCCCCGUGGGACCGGGAUGCGGUUGUUAAGAGAUUUUCUCAGUAGAAAGUAAACACUAAAAAUCUUUUCUUUUAUUUUAAAAUCACCUUUCAGGCUCAGAUAUGUGAAAACUUUUUUUUUUUUUUUUAGGGACCCCUGAACUUUAACUUAGUUGUAUAAGCCACAGCCUUUAAAUAAACAACUUAAAAGUUCAAUUAGAUUUGACAUUGAAGGUAAAAAAAAAAAAAGACUUUAAGAAAAGUGCUUGAAUGUGAUUCAGAUUUUUCCAGUCUAGGGUUUCUUUCUCUGCAUGAGAUCAGACUCAACUGGUGUGCUGGAGUCACAUCUUCCCACGUGGCCUCCCAUCAUCCUCUCGCAGUUAAGAAAUGGACUACAAUCAAUCACUGUCACGUUAAAGACGUUUCAGGAGGGAAAGGUACUGCUUUUAACCUGACAGGUGGCAUCAGAGAGUUAAUGGACAUAAUGUGGGAUGCCAGAAAAGAGGCUGUUUCUUUUAGAAAAAUCUGUUUGUCUCUUAAGUUGGGCUACAAACUUAAAGAGAGAGAGAAAAAAGAAAAGACAAGAAAAACAGCAAGCCAACGAAUAUGAGGAGUCAACAUAAGUGUCUUAAGGGAUCUAAUUUUUUUUGUCAGAUUUAUACAAUACAUGUGUUUGGAUGGGAUUUUGUAAUAUUUAAGAACUAUUUAAGACUAUAUUUUAUGCAAAAUACGCAAGUAAUGCUUGUUAAAGAGUCCAGUAAGUCCCUUGAGACCCUAAAUGUCUAAACUGACGGGCUUUGACCCUGUAGGAUUUGUAUAUAUGUACUUGUUCUGAUGCUUGUGAAUGUUGUGUAGUUUUAAUUACAAAAAAAGUGUUGUUUUGUACAUUGUAAUUUAUUUGCUGGUAUCUGUGUCGUACUGGAAUUACAGAAACACCAAAGAAUAAUAAUAAUAUGGGUUUUGGUGAUGUGUAGAGCCCUGCUGAUGGUCUUUUCAAAUUCAAUUGUUCAGCUCACUUGGUUUGUUUUUAUUUGUGCUCUGUAAAAGAAAAAAAACAUCCACUUGAAUAGGCUGUGUAAUGUGAAAAGUCCCCUUUCUCGCAUGCCUUUUGUAGUGACCUGUCUUUCAUAUUAAGGUGCAUGGUGCCAUUGGACAUUAUAGAUAAAAAGAAAAGAGGGCAAUGACUGUGCAGAUCUGUGAUGUUCAAGAUUAAAUUUACAAUACAAAAGUCAUGCUAGAAUUUAAUAAUAAAAAAAUAUCUAUAUACCAGAACACACACAGUAAAUAA